CCUAGCGAGGGCCUCGCGCCUGGGCCGUGGGCGAGCCGUGGAGAGGCCCCGAGGUGUGGGAGUCCGUCCCCAGGCGGCAGUGGCGGCUCCUGGACGCUCCUUCCCAUUUUCUUUCCUUUCCCCCCAGUCUUCUCAGUGUGAUUUUCUUGACUCCGUUUUUUUGCUAAGAUUGACUUUGCCUCAGCAUCAACAAACUCUUCAUCUAAGAUUGGUUCCUGUGUGUCAUAUAUUUACAAGUCAGUGGAAAUUACAAGUCAGCACAUACAAGCUGAAAAGCCAAAUAAAGAAAUGUAAUCCUUCUCUUGACAGUUCUAAUUUAACUUGGCUAAAGCCAGUUUUUAGGUUGACUUGGGCAGAAAAGUGAAAAGAGAAUGCUCCACUUUAACCGGUGUCCGCAUCUGAAACAAAUAGCCCAGAAAUGUUUUCCUAGUGUACAUGUUAGAACGGAUAAACAUGUGCAGCUGUUUCUUUCAAGAACCUUUGCACUUGCAGAAUUCAGGAAGUCAUGGCACUCAACCCACUCUCUUGUCGGAGACAAAAAUAUUAUCCUGAUGGGACCUCCUGGUGCUGGGAAAACAACAGUAGGCAGAAUAAUAGGUCAGAAACUAGGUUGUUGUGUCAUAGAUGUGGAUGAUGAUAUCCUUGAAAAAACCUGGAAUAUGAGUGUGUCUGAAAAAUUACAGGAUGUUGGUAAUGAGCAAUUUUUAGAAGAGGAAGGAAAAGCUGUGUUAAACUUCUCUGCAUCUGGAAGUGUGAUUUCCCUUACUGGGUCCAAUCCAAUGCAUGAUGCUAGCAUGUGGCAUCUGAAGAAAAAUGGGAUAAUUGUAUACCUGGACGUACCUCUAAUAGAUCUAGUCAGUUGUUUAAAAUUCAUGAAAGUAGAUAGGAUUGUAGGUCAGAAUGCUGGCACAUCUAUGAAAGACUUACUUACAUUUAGAAGACAGUAUUAUAAGAAAUGGUACGAUACCCGUGUUUUUUGUGAAAGUGGGGCUUCCCCAGAGGAGGUAGCUGACAAAGUGCUUAAUGCAGUUAAAAGAUACCAAGAUGUGGACUCAGAAACGUUCAUUUCAACAAGACACAAUUGGCCUGAAGACUGCGAGCAGAAGGUCUCAACAAAAUUCUUUAGUGAAGCAGUGAUUGAGGGGUUAGCUUCUGAUGGUGGACUCUUCGUUCCUGAGAAGGAGUUUCCAAAAUUAAACUGUAGGGAGUGGAAAAGCCUAGUAGGAGCAACCUACAUAGAAAGAGCACAAAUACUAUUGGAAAAGUGUAUACAUCCUGCUGACAUACCUGCUGCCAGAUUGGGAGAAAUGAUUGAAACUGCUUAUGGGGAAAACUUUGCCUGCUCAAAAAUCGCCCCUGUCAGGCACCUUUCAGGCAACCAGUUCAUCCUGGAGCUGUUCCAUGGACCAACAGGAUCAUUUAAAGAUUUGUCUUUACAGCUUCUGCCUCAUCUGUUUGCACACUGUAUUCCACCAAGCUGCAAUUAUAUGAUACUUGUAGCUACGUCAGGAGACACGGGCAGCGCAGUCUUAAAUGGUUUUAGUCGUAUUAAUAAGAAUCACAAGCAAAGAAUAGCCGUGGCCACAUUUUUCCCUGAAAAUGGAGUAAGUGAUUUUCAAAAAGCACAAAUAAUUGGCAGCCAGAAAGAAAAUGGGUGGGCAGUGGGUGUCAAGUCAGAUUUUGAUUUUUGCCAGACAGCUAUAAAAAGAAUUUUUAAAGAUUCUGACUUUACUGGCUUUCUUAUUAUGGAACAUGGAACUAUCUUAAGUUCAGCUAAUUCCAUCAACUGGGGCCGACUGCUUCCCCAAGUAGUUUAUCAUGCUUCUGCAUAUCUUGAUCUUGUUAGCCAAGGAUUUAUUUCUUUUGGAAGCCCAGUGGAUGUCUGUAUUCCCACAGGAAACUUUGGUAACAUUUUAGCAGCAGUGUAUGCCAAAAUGAUGGGAAUCCCUAUUCGAAAAUUUAUUUGUGCCUCUAAUCAGAACCAUGUUCUGACUGAUUUUAUAAAAACAGGACAUUAUGAUCUGAGGGAAAGAAAAAUAACUCCUACCUUUUCACCCUCAAUAGAUAUUCUUAAAGCUUCAAACCUGGAACGACAUUUACACAUGAUGGCUAAUAAAGAUGGAGGGUUAAUGACAAAAUUAUUUAAUCAACUAGAAGAGCAGCAGCACUUCCAGAUAGACAAGAUGCUAGUCGAGAAACUUCAGCAGGAUUUUGUAGCCGACUGGUGCUCUGAGAGAGAGUGCCUUGCAGCUAUUCAUUCCACCUACAGUACUUCAGGGUAUAUUCUGGAUCCACACACUGCGGUUGCAAAAGUGGUUGCGGACAGAAUGCAAGACAAAACUUGCCCAGUGAUUGUCGCAUCUACAGCUCAUUACUCAAAGUUUGCACCUGCUAUCAUGCAGGCUUUAAAGAUUAAAGAAAUCAACCAUACUUCAUCAAGUCAGCUUUAUUUACUGAGUUCAUACAACGCAUUACCUCCACCUCAUGAAGCUUUGUUAGAAAGAAUGAAGCAGCAAGAGAAGAUGGAGUACCAGGUCUGUGCAGCUGAUGUGGACGUCCUAAAGAAUCAUGUGGAAAAACUAAUACAAAAUCAAUUCAUAUAAAAAUGUUUUGAGUAAAAUAUUUUUUUCUGGCGAUAAGCAUGCGAUAAUAAAUCACAAACAUUGAUUUGGA